AUGAAGAUUUUGUUGACGGGAGGCGCCGGAUACAUUGGCUCAACGCUGACGCCGCUGCUUUUGCAGCUUGGACAUAAGGUCACGGUAUACGACAUGUUUAUGUGGGGCGUCACUCCAUUACUUCCUGUAGCUGACCAUCCAGGGUUGCGAAUCGUUCGCGGCGACAUCCGUGACCGCGACUCCCUUGCACAGUGUAUGUCGGACCAGGACGUUAUCGUCCAUCUAGCGGCCAUCGUCGGUUAUCCGGCGUGCGACAAGGAUCCGAAUCUCGCAGUAGAAAUUAACGUCAACGGAACAAGAAACGUCUCCGAGCUUAAGACGUCUCGACAGAUACUCGUCUAUGCCAGUUCCGGUUCCUGCUACGGGGAUGUCGAUGGACUUUGUACGGAAAGGACGAGUAUAAGCCCCUUGACUCUCUACGGAAGUAGUAAGGCUGACGGAGAGAAAUUAGUCCUUGCGGCUAAUGGCAUUGCACUGCGUCUGGCGACAGUGUUUGGUCUCUCCCCAAGGCUUCGACUCGAUCUUCUUGUGAACAGCUUAACACUCAAGGCGCUCACUGUAAAGGAAUUUUACCUCUAUGAAGGCAGUUUUCGUCGUACGUUUCUCCACGUGAAAGAUGCAGCACGUGCUUUUGCGUUUGCCAUCGACCACGCUGCGGAGAUGAAUGGCCAAGCGUUCAAUGUCGGCGACGAACGCAUGAAUAUGACCAAGAGUGAGGUUUCCCAACUGAUACAGAAACACGUGCCGUCCUGCCGCAUCAUCGAAUCAAUGACCGGAAGUGAUUGCGACAAGCGAGAUUAUGAGGUUUCGUAUGAGAAAAUUCGCAAGGUGGGUUACCAGGCAAGUGUUAGCAUCGAGGACGGCAUCAAGGCUUUGGUUGCGGUUCUGCCUCUUUUGACCGUGCAGGAAAUGAGUCGCUGCGAAAAUGCCUAA